GAGUUUGCCGCCAAAAAGGCUUCACUAACCGUUAUGCUGGUGCCCGUGGUAGUGGACGCGGCGGAGAAGGAGUGGAGUUUGCUGGAGUUCCAAGGCGACCUGAUCCCGGGAGACGGUGCCGAGAAGCCUGACCUGCGUGGACUGGAUGUGGGCACGCUGCGUUACGGUCAAGGUGGCGAGAUCACGCUGCGCAUUGGCAACCACGUCCUGGCAGGAAAGGUUACCAAGCUGCCCAAACCAUUUGCUAUCCUGCAGAAAGACGGGAGUACAGAUGGAGACGUGGUCAUGACUGAAGAUGAAAAUGAUGCAGCUGGACAGACCAAGUACGAGGUGGUGGGCAUCGCCCGCACACGCGUCGUCUUCGCAUCCAGACCCAAGCCCGUGCUGGUCUAGAAUGUCCGUAGUGAACUAAACAGUAAAAUAGACCGGUGAACCUACAACACUAGAAACAACUAUUGUUUGGUAGUAGCGUGCUGUUAAUCCCAUAAAAAAAGCAAUUUAAAAAAGUUUGCUGUAUCUCG